UGCUUGUCGUGCUUAUAGUCUCCCCGCUCUCUCAUUAUCGCUAGAGUGCGCGCGAGUUUGCUCCAGAUAGCUCGCAAGAUGGCGGAUAGCGUUGAUAUUGACUUGUACGAUAACAUAGAAGAUGAAUUCAAUCAGGAUGCAGAGUUUGGUGGUGGAGGGGAUCUUUAUGAUGAUGUCAUUACAGCUGGGUCUUCUGGUAGCAUGUCAGGAAGGCCACCUUCAGCAGACAGUAGCAGCAAAGCCCCACAUUCCCAGCAUUCAAGUUCAUCUCUCACCUCUUCAAACUAUACAGGAAAAAAGUAUAUGUUGUAUAUUGGAAACCUUACUUGGUGGACAACAGAUCAGGAUUUAACAGAUGCCAUUUCAGCCUGUGGUGUAAGCGACUUGCUGGAGAUCAAAUUCAAUGAGAACAGGGCUAAUGGGCAGUCGAAAGGUUUUGCGCUAGUUGUGGUUGGCUCUGAAGCAUCCUCCAGACAUAUUUUUGAAAGACUGUCUCGAAAGGAGCUACAUGGGCAAGUACCCCAAGUGACUCACUAUACCAAGCAAGCACUUAGUCAGUUUGAAGCUCAAGCACGCAAAGGCGGAGAAUUACCACAGAAUGGAAACUUCCGGGAAAGAGAUCGUGAGUUGGACAGCUUCAACUUUUCCAAACUACGAGGCAACAGCAAGAACCAGCCACCACCACCCCAACCUGGUCGACCAGGGUUCCCCCCUCGCUUGCAGCAGCCUCCCCCUCCUAGGCCAGGUUUGCCUGCUGGAGGACCUCCUCCACCUGGCCCUCCUGUUUCCUUUGCCCCUCCACCUGGUUCCUUGCCACCAGUAUCAGGCCCUCCUCCUGGGGCUCUUCCUCCUGGAGUACCACGCCCUGCUGUACCUCCAGGUGUGCCCCGCAUGGACUUAGGUCCUUCCCGUGUCCCACCACCUGGUGCAAGAGGACCACCACCAAUGGAUAAUCGUGGCCCCCCACCCCGUCAUGAGUGGGACCAGCGAAUGCCAAUGACCUUCACUGGCAAUGGACAGCCUCCUCCACCAGGAGCACCUUUUCCUACAAGUGGGCCACCACCAACACAGCCUAUUCCUCCACCUGGUGUGCGCCCUCCAGUCCCUGGAGUUAGACCUUUCAUUCCAGCAUCUUUUGUGGACCUAGGGGGACCACCACCACAUCUACCACCAGUCUCUGCAUCCCCUCUCCAAGGACCCCCACCUCCAGCACCUCACGUCAAUCCUGCUUUCUUUGCUCCACCUCCUACUCAUGCUCAGGCACCUUUACCAGUGAUGACUCAUCCACCUCCUGCUGACCCAUAUGCACGUCCACCACCUGUUUCACACCCAAGUGACCAGUAUGGUCGCCCUAUUUUGGACAGCUCCUCACAGCGCCGCCAUGAACCUCCACCUCCUGCUAUUAGUGACCAGGAGUUUGAGGAAAUCUUUCAACGCAACAAAACUGUAUCAUCUUCUGCAAUCAACCGUGCUGUAAUGGAUGCUAGUUCUGGUGACUUUGCCAGUGCAAUUGAGACUCUGGUGACUGCAAUCUCCCUUAUUAAGCAGUCCAAAAUUGCAUCCGAUGACAGAUGUAAAAUUCUUAUCAGCUCCUUGCAAGACACAUUGCAUGGAAUUGAGGAAAAAUCAUACGGCUCAAGCCGUGGAAGCAGUGGCGGCCGCCGUUCCAGGUCCCGUGACAGAGACCGUGAAAGAGAGCGGGGUGAGAAGCGAUCACGCAGUCAUCGUUCACGCAGUCGUGACCGCGAGUACCGGGAACGCAGUCGUGAUCGGGAGCGCCACUAUGACGAGCGUCACCGUGAAAGGGAGCGUGGUGAGAGGGAGCGCAGCGAUAGAGAGCGAGAGCGGGAAUAUGCUUCCAGCAGCUCUGGGCGCAGUCGCCACUAAAUGCUUUCAGCCUUUUCUUCCUUUUAACUCUCAUGGUGAGUCCCAGGGGCAGGUAAGUGUGAUGACAUAACCUCCUGCAGGGACGGAUAUGAUCACAACGUACGGCGCACGGAAAGAAAAGGCAAUCACGGUAAGUCAGUCUAGGCGGUGGUCUUGGUACCCCAAGGUAAGUAGCACAGCAAACAGGUAUGUCUGAGUAGAUGGGCGCUGUCAGAUGGCAGGGCUGUUCACAGUUUAAGAGACUGGCGUUGAAAUUGUGAGCAGGAGCAAUAAUAAAACUCGCCGGAAUUUCAUUAUGAAUGAUGGUGAAUGUAUUUUGUGGUAGCAAGGCUGGGUGAAGUGCUCUGUGUGUAUGUGUGCGAGACCAGCAGGCUAACGCUCGUCGUCGCUGAACCGCCAGGGUUGCCGAUGUCUGCGGUCGAUUCUACCCACGGCUGUCGUGCAGGAAGCAGCAAUGGCCCAGGGCAUAUCCAUGAUCGCCAGAAUGUACUAAUGAAGUAUUGAGGUAAUAGUACUGAUGUGCAGUUUCUUUAGCAAGGGAGAAUGAAAUGUUUCGGUAAGAAUGUAAAACAAAUAGCGAAAUAAACCUUGUUAAAGAAAA